AUGUCGCGGAUAAUCGGGCAAUCCUCUCAAGAUAGGGAAGAUGGGGACGACGGCCCCUCAAAUAGAUCGACAAUCUACAAGAUUUGGACCCAUUGUUGGUUUCAGAUCAUAUUGAUCAGCUUCAUUUGUUUCUGCUGUCCAGGAAUGUACAAUGCACUCCAAGGUCUGGGGGGCUCAGGUCAGGUAAAUCAGGCCGUCGCAGCCAAUGCCAAUGUUGCCCUAUUAUCUGCCACUGCCGCCACUGCUCUUUUCGUGGUGGGUCCGAUUUUUGAUCGUGUUGGGCCAAGGGUGUGUAUGUUGCUUGGGGGUUGGACGUAUCCUUUGUACUCCGGCAGUCUGCUGUGCUUCAAUGCCACAAACAAUGAAGCCUUCGUAAUUGCUUCUGGUGCAAUCCUCGGUGUCGGAGCUUCGUUCUUGUGGGUGGCCCAAGGUGCGAUCAUGACAACCUAUGUAUCCGAGUCACACAAGGGACGUGCGAUAGCAACAUUUUGGGUCAUUUUCAACCUCGGUGGCGGUGUGGGAUCCCUCGCUAGUUUUGGUCUCAACUAUCAUUCGAAGACUGGCACCGUUUCAAACGGAACAUACAUUGCUCUGCUCAUCAUCAUGGCAAUUGGAUGGUUGCUGGGGUUAUUCAUUUGUCCGCCCUCGUAUGUUCAAAAUGUACAAUUGCAGAGGACGCCGGAAAACGAAAAGGGUUGGCGAACGAUUAUUUGCCAGUCUCUCAGAACGAUCUUCGACUGGCAAGUUCUAUGCAUGCUGCCGCUUUUUUUCUCUGCCAAUGUGUUCUAUUCGUACCAACAGAAUACUGUCAACGGGAUGACAUUCAACAUCCGGACCCGUUCCCUCAACGGCGCACUGUACUGGAUUGCACAGAUGCUGGGUAGUUUCAUGAUGGGAAUGAUCCUCGACAUUCCCCAGCUAACCCGCCCCAUGCGAGCCCGCCUGGCUUGGGUAUUCUUGCUUGUAAUCGGAAUGGGGACCUGGGGCGGAGGCUUUGCAUUCCAAAAAUGGUCCGAUCACCGUCUGCAGCAAGGUCUCAAGCAAGAUGUUGAUUACACCGACGGACACAUCUCGGUGGGACCGAUGUUCCUGUACAUUUUUUACGGUGCAUACGACGCGUUCUGGCAGUCGUUCUGCUACUGGCUCCUGGGAGCUCAGUCAAACUCCCCUGCGGUGACUGCUGUGCUGGUGGGCGCGUACAAGACAUUCCAGAGCGUAGGAAGCGCGAUGGCGUGGCGUAUCAAUGCGUUGGGAAAGCCUCCUAUGACGCAGCUUGCUAUGGAUUGGGGUCUUUGUAUGGGCUCGCUGUGCAUCGCCAUUCCAACUGUGCUGGCAGUCACCUUGACAAGCGAAACCACCCCUAGACCUGACGAGAAAGAGCCAUCCGUGGGAGAGAAGCUCGAUUCAGAGGAGAACAGACUUCAAUUGUCUCACAAGAAUGAAUGUUAA